AUCUCGAAGUGUCCGCGUCCCCCAUGUCGGUUAUCUAUUCCGUGAACCUUCCCAUCUGCGUCGCGGUUAUUUUUUACUGUUCGUUCCCUCAGUGCCGGUUUGUUAGCCUUGUAGCAAAACAGAUAGCGAACUCUCGUCCGUUGGAAUUCAACUCCAAGAGAUCUGCGAAGAAUAUGAGUGCCUUCACAAUCGAGCGACAAACCGAUUCGACAACCAACCUAAACGAACAACAAGAUGACGCUGUGAGAUUGCCAGAUAUCAACAGACCAUUCCUCGUUAGCACAGGUGGAGUGCUAACGUUGGUCAGCGUGCUGUUCGGAGCCUCAACAUUUGCAGUCGUCUACAUAACGAUGCACAUUUCCCGCUCUAUUUGGUUUACCGGCAUGACAUCCUUUUCCUUCUUCGUACAAUCCACUCUCAUCUACAUUACGAACGCUUUCUUCAAUGCUGGGACCAAGUUGACCAACGCGUCACUUCUUUUCAUAUUCAACGUGUGCGGUUUCAUUUUCUACUUCUGUGGAUCCACUGCGUGUCUCGCCGAUGAGAGGGAUAACGCAAUCAUCAUUGGGGCUCUGGGUCAUCUGGCUGGCGCCUGCCACAUAUCCAACGCUGUGCUGCUUUACAGAGGAAUUUUUCUGAACAAGAUAUUCUCAUGCUGAAUCAAUUUUUUAACUUGCCCGGCUUGUCGACUCCCUUCAGAUCGUUGCGCGAAAAAGUCCAAACGCUACAUGCCAUUCACCACAUUCAUGGGUCUGUUCGCGCGGGCGGAGUAAUAGCCACGAAGCUGCACACUGCAGGUAUCAACGAAAGAGACUUGCUACGAUGUGAUAUGGUACCAAUCAGUGGCUAAAGGUAUGAAUGACGAUGGCGUGAUUGAGGAGUUCGUGCAUGGUACACAGUUGUACGCUUUUGCAUUCAACGGUAGCUCAAGGUGGUGAACCUAUGAACAAUCUCCUGAGAUUGCUUUGAACUGAACUCGGGUACUAUAAUUCAUGUUUUGGCGAAAUGCUGGUGCCCAUAGCGUUACAUCGUGCACUUUCAUUCGUUCUGUAGUGAACCACUUUCCAACUGGUGCUGUAAAAAAGGAACGAAAGAACGCUCUGGUAGUGUGGUAUCAAAAUAUGGUUUGCCUGUUGUGAAGGAGAAAUCUGUAUACAAACUAUAUCUGUACAAUAUCAUUCAUAUAUAAAAUUCCUGGAAGGUC